AUGAUCCGUUUCAGCUGCUCCCAGCUCGUUGUCGCGCGUAUGGACCCGUUGGUCAACCCGGGAAUGCCGCAGUCACCUCACGUCCACCAGAUCGUCGGAGGAAACUCGUUCAAGGUCAGCAUGGAUCCAGCCACCCACGACCUUGUCAAGCAGUCAACCUGCACCAGCUGCACCUUCUCCGAGGACUUCUCCAACUACUGGACCGCCGUCCUGUAUUUCCGUGCCCGUAACGGAACAUAUAAGCGGGUGCGUCAGUUUCCGAAUGUCGGCCUCCGAGCGGACGGUGGUGUCACAGUGUACUACAUCCCUCCCUACGAUGGCAAGACCACCGUCACGGCAUUCAGACCCGGCUUCCGCAUGCUCGUCGGAGACGCCGGCCUGCGCGAGGGGACGGGCAUGCAAAGACAGCUUUGCCACCGCUGCCUGGGCGCCGAGUACGACCAAGGCGGCGCUCCUUGCACGGGUUCCGACUCCGUGACGUUGCCCACCGGCUUCUGCCACGGCGGUAUCAGGACCACUGUGACGUUCCCGACUUGCUGGGACGGCAAGAACAUUGACAGCCCUGACCACAAGAGCCACGUCGCCUAUCCAGCAGUUGGAACCUUUGAGUCGGUUGGCACUUGUCCUGAGACUCAUCCCGUCCGGCUGCCCCAGCUGAUGUACGAGGUGAUGUGGGAUACCACCAAAUUCAAUGAUCCGGACCUUUGGCCAGAGGAUGGCUCGCAGCCGUUCGUGUGGAGCACUGACGAUUCUGUUGGAUAUACGCAGCACGGCGACUACAUGUUUGGCUGGAAAGGCGACUCCCUGCAACGCGCCCUUGAUGCCCGCUGCGGCAACGCCGUCUGCAAGGAGCUCCGAACUCAAACAUCCGAGGAGGCCAUGAAGUGCACUAUCCCACAGAACAUCCCAGAGCAUGUUGACGGAUGGUUGGACAGCAUUCCAGGCGUAGGGAUGACGCAGUGA